UUGAGACUUUAACUUGUGUGCUGUAAGCUAUAAUAAUACUAAAGUUGAAAAAUACCAUUGAAUGAGAAAAUACUGUAUUACUCACAUGUUAGAAAACUCCAAUAAUGCAUACGAAAAGACUAGAUCGACUCAUCAUAGCAACAGCAAUAAUAGGGGUACUGGUUUCUACUUAUGCUCUUUAUGUGGAGAUGGCAGCGGAAGCACGGCCCGGCUACAAGGCUCUAUGUGACAUAUCUGAAUAUGCAAGCUGUUCUCGAGUUCUUACAUCGAAAUAUUCUAAAGGGUUCGGGCUUCUCCCCAAAGACCUAAAGAUGGACGUGCCGAAUUGUAUUUAUGGGAUAAUUUACUACUGUUUGAUUAUAUUUUUAACAACAUUCGAUCAUCGUCUUUGGAUGCGGCUGCAAUUCUUUUUGACAUUAAGUGGGCUUGCAUCGAGCUUCUACCUGGCAUACCUUCUUACAUUUGUGUUACGUGACAUAUGUGUAGUCUGUAUAACGACUUAUUUUGUUAACGGUAGUCUUGUUUGGCUGGUAUAUCGGAAAAAUAGAUUGUCGGCAGAAAAAAAUAAGUAA